GUAUCCGUUUCUUGUUCCUUUCUAUCCUCUUUUUUCCGCACUAACAGCAUCAGAGUAAUUCGUCCAGUGAUUGCCAUGAUACCACCAACUGGCCUUAUCGCUGAAAGCGAGAUGGAGAGAAUACGGGAAUGCGCAACAGAAAACGAAACCCUGGCUCGCUGCUGGGAGAAACCGCAUGUCGCUCUGGUGGCGAUGGAGUGGGCUCAGUCUGGUCUGGCCUAUUCCUGGAAGGGCUGGAUAGCCCGUAACGAGGUGAUGGGCUACUGGAAGCAAGAAGAAGCAAUGCCUGUCUUGUCUGUGGAAAUCCCAGCCCCAGCAUCCCUCGCAGUGUCAACCACUAAGGAUCCAAGCGGCGACAAACAGAACAAGUCACACGAGUACCGAUUUUGGGUGCGGUCCAAGUGGCCGCAGUCCGUCGUUAGCAUGCGGGAGAAUAAAUGGCAGGCGAACCCAGGCGAUACCCACUCCAGCUUUGUAUCGACCAAGGAUGCCGUCGCGGUCCUCGACAAGAUGUUCCGUGAAAUAUCGUCAAGGCACCCGACAAUCUGCGUCUGUUCCCAUCGACCGAAUUUGACACAGCAGGGUCUAGCCGACAUUGGAUUCAAGCUACCAAAAGGCACCAUUUUCGUCGACAUGAUCAAGGUACUAGAGUACCAGUCUAGAUUUCGAGACAUGCCUCCAAAGGUCAAACGCUACAUCAAGAGUUGCUUGGAAGUUGAAAUGUGCGACGGGAUGCGUUUUGAAGAGAGAUUCGAUGCAAGCGACAGUGACGCACUUGCAUCCGACUUCGAUGAACACGCACCAAAAUAUGGUCAAACCAACGAGUGGCGUGAGAUCAUCCGUAAGAAAGAGGAUCUAUCGGCUGGUAACUUGUUAAAGAUUCUUGGGCCCGAGGCAGAAGCCCACCGGCGGCAGGUUAGAAAGAUAGAGAAGGCGUUCACAGUAGAGAGGGCCGCGCGCUGGGGAACUGACGAGGCAAAGGAGGACUACCAGAAGCAGCUUGCUAUGCUACGCCAACAGACGAUUGAGCAGCGCUAAAAUCCAGAGCGUCACGGGGAGGAGCAACCACGUAGGAUUCGACAGAGGUUGUGGGCUCGAAUGGGCGUGAGUUGGAGAUGCUACACUUUUUGUGGCCUCAGGUGGGGCCGAAGUCGUUAAUUGGCCGGCUUUACGCGCAUUUUGGGGCUGACGCCAACAUCUCGAGAGAAAUUGCUCGGUGCUAACUUUACAUUACCCUGUGAUAUCAGAAAGUCACUGAUUGGGCAGCUAUACGCCUCCACCAUUCAAUUCAUCUCACUAC